CAUCCUCAGAGAAACAGUAAGCAUCCAGCAGGACGUACUGGACUAAGGAUACUGAGGAACUUAUCAUUUUGCUUUCAAUUGGAUUAAAAUCUUCAAGGAAAAUCUUCAAGUGAGCACUGGUAUGCUGGCUGGCUCACUUCUGAGAAAGUUUAUGGCCAAAGGUUUUUCAUCGACAGAACCCUUCCCAAAGCCCUGUCACAUUCUUGAGAAAACUUGAAACUUCUCCACAUCAUUUUGUAAAGAAAUAAAAAUGGUUGCAGUGAAGCCGACCGACGUGGUGCCCUCUGCAGGCAUCAAGUUCUUUGGAGCAGGCACGGCAGCCUGCAUUGCUGACCUUAUCACCUUUCCUCUGGAUACGGCCAAAGUCAGACUGCAGAUCCAGGGCGAGUCUCAGAAGGUUGAAGGAUCCAGUGUGGUGAAGUACCGGGGUGUGUUCGGAACCAUCAAAACCAUGGUGCGCACAGAAGGAGCCAGGAGUCUUUACAACGGACUGGUAGCCGGUCUCCAGAGGCAGAUGAGCUUCGCGUCCGUUCGGAUCGGCCUUUAUGACUCCAUGAAGCAAUUCUACACUCGAGGCACAGAGAGUGCUGGGAUUGUUACCCGACUCAUGGCGGGCUGCACCACAGGGGCCAUGGCUGUGGCUUUUGCACAACCAACAGAUGUGGUGAAGGUGCGUUUCCAAGCCCAGGUGCGAGUGGCCGAUGGCGAGAGGAGAUACAACAGCACCCUGGACGCCUAUAAGACGAUUGCCAGAGACGAAGGAGUUCGGGGACUCUGGAGAGGCUGCAUGCCAAACAUCACCAGGAAUGCCAUUGUAAACUGUGCAGAACUGGUCACCUACGACAUGAUCAAAGAACUCAUUUUGAAGUAUGACCUAAUGACAGACAACCUGCCCUGCCACUUCACAGCUGCCUUCGGUGCCGGCUUCUGCACAACUGUAGUGGCGUCUCCAGUAGAUGUGGUUAAAACACGGUUUAUGAACUCAGGAAAUGGACAGUAUGCCAGCGCCGUCAACUGCGCUCUGAUGAUGCUGAGAAGCGAAGGACCUGCAGCUUUCUAUAAAGGAUUCAUGCCUUCUUUUCUGCGUCUUGGAUCUUGGAAUAUCGUCAUGUUUGUGACAUAUGAACAAAUUAAAAGGGGUAUGACCAGAGCACAGCAGUACUGGGAGUCGCCGUUUUGAUCGAAGCUCCUCGGGACUUUUAUGGCAAGAAUGCGAAGAUGCAAAAGUCAUGACAAGCAGCGUGAUGCAAUGAGGAAAAAGUGUGCCACACAGCUGGAAGUGAAGAAGUGGUGGGGAAAAUUGUUGAGUUAGGUGGUGAUCUGGCCUUUGAGGACAGGUACUGUACUUCACCAUCUGCCAAUGAAGACUUGGGUGACAAAAGAAUCAGGAACAUUCCUGCAAGACCAGGAGGAUUCACAGAUUACAGCACAACAAUUCAUCAGGAUUGAUAUGACCAGAGCUUCCAUUACAUAUCAGUAUAGCUGAAUUUUGCUCAACAAGA